CGUCAGCUGCCCGGCGGAGCUUGGAAGGCUCAAUACCAAUGGGCGAGGCAAACGGCAAUGGGUCGGGAAUGACCGCAGGGGAUAUGGACUUGGAAGAGCUUGCGGCGAAGCAGCAUUCAGGGGGCGGUAUGUUCAACUCGAUCACGAACAUGGCGAACUCUAUCUUGGGGGCAGGUAUAAUUGGCCUCCCCUAUGCCAUUAGCAAAGCGGGCUUCUGGACUGGAAUGUUUCUUCUAAUCGUGCUAUGUGCCGUCACGGACUGGACAAUCCGGCUUAUAGUCACGAACGCUAAAAUGAGCGGAGCAAAUUCAUACAUUGGCAUCAUGAAUCACUGCUUCGGCUCAAGCGGCCGCGCGGCAGUCUCGUUUUUUCAGUUCGCGUUCGCGUUUGGAGGUAUGUGUGCAUUUGGUGUCAUCAUCGGCGACUCCAUACCCCAUGUCAUCCGCUCAAUAUUCCCCACGCUUCCAACGAUACCCGUUCUUUCCAUCUUCGCCAACCGGCAAUUCGUAAUCGCUCUUUGUACCCUCGGCGUUUCCUAUCCGCUCUCACUCUAUCGCGACAUCCAUAAGCUCUCCAUUUCGUCCGCCUUUGCGCUUGUGGGGAUGCUCAUAAUUGUUUUCUCCGUCACUUUUGAGGGGCCGCAUGUGCCACCUGAGCUCAAAGGUGACCCGGCGAAGCGCUUCUCGCUCAUCGACUCUGGUAUCUUCCAGGCAAUAGGCGUGAUCAGUUUCGCAUUUGUGUGUCACCACAAUACGCUAUUGAUUUAUGGAAGCCUGAGGACACCGACCCUGGAUCGAUUUGCUAAAGUAACGCACGUGUCGACGGCAAUUUCUCUCGUUGCUUGUUCGAUAAUUGCCGUCAGCGGAUACAUGGUCUUUACGGACAAAACACAGGGCAACAUCUUGAACAACUUUUCGCCGACUGACAGUCUGAUCAAUGUGGCGCGGUUCUGCUUCGGCCUCAACAUGUUUACUACACUCCCGCUUGAGCUAUUCGUUUGUCGAGAGGUGAUCGAGCAAUAUUUUUUCUCGCAUGAAACAUUUAGCAUCCAGCGCCACGUCUUCUUCACUACCACCAUCCUUCUUGCGUCUAUGUUCAUCGCCCUCGUCACUUGCGACCUCGGCGUCAUGCUAGAGAUCAUCGGCGGCGUCUCCGCGACGGCGCUUGCAUUCAUCUUCCCUGCAGCAUGUUACCUCAAACUCGCCGGUGCGCAUGCGCACAGGCCAUGGUACACUCGCGAGCGGCUACCUGCGUACGUGUGUGUCACGUUCGGUGUGACUGUAAUGCUGCUCUCCUUGUUCCUCGCGCUAGGCAAGGUAUGGACGCCCGAAGGGAAUGCUACAAUAUGCAUGUAGACGAGACGCGGCAGGCAGGAGUGCAUGGUAUGGGACGGGUAAGGUGAGAUAAGGGGGCCCGAAAAUCUAUGAAGUUAGAAUAGAGGGUAGUCGUAGCUACAGGUAUCGUACAGCAUCUGGAUUGCAGACAGGACAUUGGAGAAUGGACUAUACGGACUGGCGCAAGGGCCUAAAAAGCGACGUGACGAGCAAGCAAGCAAGAUCGGAAUGUGGACCAUGGUCAUCAAACAACGCGAUGCUUGAUGCAUGAAGCCUGAAGUUAAAGCAUAAUAGGGCAGAGGGGAAGAGAUGUGACAAUGAGACGCAUAUCGCCGGGGCGAAUGUUCGUUUCGUCAGUACGGUGCAGCAGCCGGGUAUGUACGUAUGCGGCAGGAACAUUACUUCCCUAUAACCUCUCGGAGGCCCGGGACGGCGUUCAUGUCUUCGGCGCGUACGCCCGACCCGGUGCUUUCUUCUGCGAGAAGCGGGCUGACACUUGGGUUGGAGCUCCAAAGGUGCUCGACGCGCUGCAACGGGCGCAUGCCGAACAUUUCUGGUGGGUUGCACACGAGGAGCCAGAUCGCGUCGUAGCCGCCCCACCGGGAACGCCGCCACCGAUGACACCUGCUAGCGAGACGCUGUCGUCGAGGAGCUUUGUU